CUUUUCGACAAGUUCAGCAACGCUGCUAUUUGAAAUGACCGGAAUUUAACUUUUAGCUUAUGCGUAGUUAAUUUGUACAAAAACAGUCUAUAUUAAAUAAAAAAUAGCAUCACGUAUUAGGAUGCGAGCCUCUAUAAACUGUAUACCCUAUAUUCCCUGUAUGCUCGACUGAUUGACGUUUUCUCAAAAAUCCCAAGUAAAGAGUACUCAAUGUACUUUUUAUUUGGACUCAAUGCUGUAAAUAAAACCUCAAACAAUUGUUUCAUCUGAACUGCAACGAACAAAGAUAUCCUGUGACUAUAAGGAGUGAUGUUUCAUCAUGCCAAAAAACAUAAGUGCUUUUAAAGUGAACACUCCAAAAAUAUGUUAUACAAAGUUGAGCAUCCAUUUAUGUGCUUCUAUUCCAGUAAAGCAUCCAAAACAUAUUGAAAUCCAACAGGGAAACGUAGUCGCACACUUUGAACUAAUUGUGUUUUUAUUUUUAUCUUUCUUAUAAAUUGAGCUACCCAAACUGAUAAGUAGCUUCUCAGAUGCGUCUUUUGGGCGACCAACUGACGAUGAUGCAGAGGGCGAAACAGACAGUGAAGACACUGGUGGUUGUGACGCUCUUCACUCUAAUGGGCAACUUGGUGGAUGACUUCUACACUAACCCUCCUUCGCCCGCCUUCAUCAUGAGCAGAGUUCGCCAUUUAGUGUCGACUCUGAGUCCAGUGGACUCCAAUGACCAGUUUAUCACUUUUGAUCUCUCGCCAUCCGAGCCAAGCUUGCCGAAAGACUUCAAGCCUCUAAUCAUUCACAUGUUCCGAGCAUAUCACGACACGAGACUGGUGGCCGACCGAACUCGAGUGACGGCGUUGCUGCUGGUCGAGAACUCUGCUGUCAGCCACAUUUCAUCCCCAGAUCGGCCGCAACUGCAGGAACUGUUUUGCCUCGUGAAUGAGACGAAUGUGAAAGCACUGGUCCAUAAAAUGGGAAUCAUGUACAAGUUCCAGUACAAGGGUGCCAUUUUCGGGGAAUUUAUUCUCAGAUGUGAAAUUAACACUACACAACCUGUAGAAAACUUUCAGAUUGUGUGGAACAAGCAGAGGUCGCCUGUGCUUCCCGUGGAGCAGAUCAGCCGGCCGAGGGAGAAGAGGGCUCUUGGGUUCUGUGGGUCCAACUGGUACCACAUCAGGGGCCAGGAGUCAACAUCAGUGUCCACUCUCAUCGAAUGGUUUGAGUACCACAAGUACAUGGGGGUGGAGAAGUUCCACGUGAGGGUGUCGACGGAGGAGGGGGCUGCCAUGGCCCCCGAGGCACUCAGUCUGGUCCAGCUGUACAGGGAGAUGGGAGUGGUGGAGCUCCAACCGGCCAUCACCAUACCCACACCCUCGGGAAACCACUCCUUCUUUUCCCCGGAUGAUGAUUAUCCCUCCUCCACUCCCCUCUCCGUUGAGAGUCAGUUGUGGGUGAAGUCUCAGUCUCUGCAGCUGGUGGGGCUGAACGACUGCCUCCAUCGCAACAUGUUCAAGUACCAACACAUCCUCAUCAUCGACACCGAUGAACUCCUCGUCACAGACCGAAUAGUCCCCAAAGCACUCACUCAACUAGUACAAAACGUAACUGAAUCCACUGGACUGAUAGCCAACCUGCGGUUCCGAGAGAGGAGGUUCUACAAGAACUGUGACCAGUUCGUCAACACCACCCAAUCUCCUCUCGUUGAAUUCAAUGGAAGCCUGGUCAAGCAGACAAACUUGCUCAAGUUCAAAUCAUACGCCAAAUCAUACCUGGAUUCGGCGGAUAGUAAGACGUGGAGGAACCCCAAUGCUAAGAGCAUCAUUUGCCCAGAAGUGUGUGCAAUGACAAGUGCGCAUAGAUGCACCCAGACACUUGAGGAGUACUCGCUAAACCAGGCGAGAAGCACAAUGAAGCGAGGUACUCUUCAAAUCAGACAAGUGAAUGACAAGAUUGAGAAGCAAAGAAGGAGAAACAUUUACUUUCUAGACCCGCGUCAUUUCGGAGUUCACCACUACCGCCAAGUAGACGGAGUAAGAGACAAAGGAAUACCCCCCAAGGAGAUGAUCGCCCAGUACUGCGAAAAAGUAAGACACAAGUCGGCCAACUGGGAAUUAGGCCGGGCCAACAUGCGCGGUGUAGUCGAAAUAGGACACAAUAUACAGUACAUGGAACAUGUUUUGGGCGUUUCGCAAAUACGAACUUAG